AUGAGUUUUGUUCAUCAAAAAUGCAGAAAUGUCGACGUUCCUUAUCUCGGAAGUCAAAUCUACAGAACAUCGGUUCCCGAUGAUCUCGUGAAAUGGAAUCGUGAUUGGGCUGAUUAUGCGCCACCUAAUUAUACAGAUAAAAAGGUUCAUGGACAGGCAUGGGCCGACCCUGAAAUCAAUGACCAUAACCAAUACACAUUCGAUCCUAAAACCUUGUCUCCAAUAAAUCCUAUCGGGCGUACUGGAUUGGCCGGUCGUGGAUUGCUCGGUCGCUGGGGACCAAAUCAUGCUGCGGAUCCAAUUGUGUCCAGAAUAAGCGACGAAGGGCAUUUAGAGUUCGUUGCUAUUCAGCGCCGAGACAACCGAGAAUGGGCGAUUCCUGGCGGAAUGGUUGAUGCUGGAGAACAUGUUACCCAAACUCUUCAACGUGAAUUUACCGAAGAAGCAAUGAACGGAAAUAUCGAUAAGGACAGUCUCAAAGAACUCUGGAGCGACGGGAAAGAGCUUUACAGAGGAUAUGUAGAUGAUCCACGGAAUACUGAUAAUGCCUGGAUGGAGACUGUUGUUUUCAAUUUUCACGAUUCGAACGGUCUUCUGAAUAACGUUGAUCUCCAAGCUGGAGACGACGCUACCGCUCUCCGCUGGAUUCGUGUUGAUUCUAAAGAACCUCUUUAUGCUUCUCACGCUCAUUUCAUUGAUCUUCUGAAAUCUGCUCAUUCGAAAUAA